GCGCCAGCCAAGCACUUUGCUGCUCUGGCCGCUCUUUUUUUUCCAUCCCCCCUUCUGUCACACUUGUUUUUCCUACGCCACUUCACCCACCACUAAAGCAACGUCUCUCGGUCACAAACACUCCGUCACCUCGGAGCGCACUCCUGUUUUCAUCCACCUCUUUUCUCUCCGGUCGGUCAUCUUCACGCCUACGGCAGUGCCACUUAAAGGACAGUCGUCUCACGCGAGACACCCUGUGUGCUAACAACUUGGGCGUGAGCCCCCCUUCAGCGGUCUCGCUCGUUUUCCGGUCCAACAAGCUUCUUCAAGACAUCGUUCCUGGUGCCUGACGUCAACCUGCCGUUUCGAAGAACGUCGACGUGCUUUUUUCUAAAGUCUAUCGCCCAAGACAGGAACCGCACUUUUCAUCUCCUUUUGAAGACUUCGGGACUUACCAACCGUUUGAAACGUACGAAGCUGCACUCAAGGCUCGGAUUAUCUACUUCUACUUGGCCUGUAACCCACCGACAUACCUCGGAGCUCGCUUCCGACUCGUUCCGUCCAUUUCGAGUCGGCGGUGCAACCCCAUACUGCAAUAAGUGAUCCCGGUGUUGUUUUCUGGUGUUUGCGUGUGAAUGCGUGUUUGUGUUUGUCGUCGUAUUUAUUGGCAUUGCGAGUGAGAGAGAGACCGGUCACAAGCGUGCGUUCUACUUAUCCAGCGUUGCCACAAGGUUUGUGCUCGCCAGUCGUCAACAGCGUGCUUCGAAGAGGAGAUCCCGCCUGCCUCGAAGGCUUACAAGGGGAGAAAUAGCGACGAAAGGGUCCCCACUGCGCGACCUUGAACGCUGCAGGUGUGCCGAGACACGGUGCUUGUCUUCUUUGUAUGUGGAGCGCCUCCUCGAGUCCCGUAUACCUCGACCCAGGUUCCCGCCGUCCCUCGCGGAGUUCAGCUGAAAACUUUUCGCCGGGAGAGAGAAGCGACUGCCGCUAGGAGCCUUUCCACCGUUGCUCGGGGCACACACUGUUCGCUUUUGUUGUGUUUCAGAGCGUGUUUACGGCUCCGAAAUACCGGCGAGGCCGCAAAACCCUUCUCCUUGUAUUUUUUACUGCCGUGUGUGGGAACUGCAGCAGACGACAUCGAACAACCAACCUACCCGAGGAGCAUUCGAACGGAGCAGACGACACCGAGCGGUGUGGGUGUUUUUUUGAGCCUUCUGGCAGCGCAGUGCGUUCGCGCUUUUUUUCUCGGAACGGCGGUUCGUUCCCGCGAGACGACCAACGACAGAUAGAAAUCGCGGUGUGCGUUUUUCUUUCUGUUCUUCUGGUGCGCGCGCGCGGGUGUGUGCGUGAGCGGUGCGACGCCGGCUUCUGCUUGGUGUGAUACGUUCAGAGAGGAGGUGGAAGAAGCGAGGGGAUUCCCUUUCUGCUCGCUGCGUUUUGACAGUCGACGCUUCUGCGAAGCGUGUGGAGAGAGAGAGUUACAAAAUGCGUGGAUCAGACGAGCUGCUGACGCAGACCAACGCCGUGAGCAAUGGCACCAUCAUGAGCCCACAGAACAACCACAGUGACAACAACAACGAUGCCAAAAAGGUGAAGCUGGACACGGGUGGCAAAGUGGUGGUUGGAGCGGGCAAGCCCUCGAGAGUGGUGCACAUCCGGAACAUCCCCAACGAUGCGACAGACACGGACAUUGUGCACUUGGGUGUGCCCUUUGGCAAAGUGACCAACGUGCUCCAGCUCAAGGGCAAGAACCAGGCAUUCCUCGAGAUGGCUGACGAGAGCUCGGCCAUCGCCAUGGUCGACUACUUUGCCAAGGCCUCGCCAACUGUACGCGGGCGGGUUGUCUACGUCCAGUUUUCCAACCACCGUGAGCUCAAGACAGAUGGCGUCCAUGGUUCCCUGACUGCGCAGGCCAACCAAGGGGGCGAGGGUGGUGGUGCCAACACGGUGCUGCGUGUCGUGGUGGACAACCAGAUCUACCCAGUCACGCUUGACUUGCUGCACAGCAUCUUCAGCCGAGCAGGAAAGGUCCUCAAGAUAGUCACCUUCACCAAGAGCAAUUCAUUCCAAGCCCUCAUUCAGUUCAGCGAUGUCAUGGGUGCCCAGGCGGCAAAGCUGGCCCUGGAUGGCCAGAGCAUCUACAAUGCGUGCUGCACGUUACGCAUCGAGUACUCCAAACUCACCAACCUCAACGUGAAGUACAACAACGACAAGAGCCGCGACUUCACAAACCCCACCCUGCCCACAGGGGACCCCACCCUUGACAUCGGGCUCGCCGGUUCGUUGGGUAUACUGGCGUCCCCGUUUGCUGCCGCCGGCCCGGGCCUGACCUCCCCACUAACCGCUGCCUAUGCCGCCAGCGCCACAGCAGGAGAUCAGUUUGACAAGAAGCAGGGGCUGCCCCUGGGUGGCUUUGCUCUGUCGCCGUCAUCUCAGGCCACAGCUCUCGGCAUGGCCGGCAUCCGCCUCCCAGGACAGGCCACCACCAGCUGCGUGCUUUUGGUGUCUAACCUCAACGAACAGAUGGUCACGCCCGACGCUCUCUUUACCCUUUUUGGCGUGUAUGGCGACGUGAUCAGGGUGAAGAUCCUCUUCAACAAGAAGGAUAGCGCUCUCAUUCAGAUGGCUGAGCCACAGCAAGCACAGUUGGCCAUGAGCCACCUGGACAAGCUCAAGGUGUACGGGAAGCCCAUCCGGGUGACGCCGUCCAAACAUCACAUAGUGCAGCUGCCCAAGGAUGGGCAGCCAGACGCUGGCCUCACCAAGGACUACAUCAACUCUCCCCUGCACCGUUUCAAGAAGCCUGGCUCCAAGAACUACCAGAACAUCUACCCACCCUCGGCCACCCUCCACCUCUCCAACAUCCCGCCAACAGUGUCUGAAGAGCAGAUCCGGGAGGCAUUCACGCAAACCGGCGGCACAGUGGUGGCAUUCAAGUUCUUCCCGAAAGACAGAAAAAUGGCACUUAUCCAGAUGGCCUCUGUCGAAGAAGCUGUCACGGCACUCAUCAAAAUGCACAACUACCAGCUGAGCGAUUCCAAUCACCUGCGGGUCUCCUUCUCCAAGUCGACAAUCUGAGCUGGCCCCGUCCAAGCCCUUCCUCCUUUGGCGCCUCUCGGAGCUUACACGACCGGUGAAAGAGGGUGGACGGGUCUGGUGACGGAAGUGGCCGAGACUGCUGAGAAGCAGCAACAGCAAAGUGGGACCCAAAAAAAGCAGAAAAACGUGCGACAGAAGGCACAGCAAACAUUGCCACGGCAAGUGGAGCAAGGCAUCGUCCCGUUUCAAAAAGGACCACAGUGCACAAGCGCGCCAUGCCGCCAGGCACGCAUCUGUUGUGACAUCCUCGUGCAGGAUGUCAAAACGCGGCAGGGUUAAUCUGCACAGGGAGGGGGUCAAAUUUUACGUUUCAACUUCUUCUUUUUUGUCUUUUCGAUUUGAGAAGUGGUGGCUGCACCUCAUCUGUAUGUAAAAAAAGGCUGAGCCUGACUUUUGCAAACCAAGUGUUGCGUGUGCCGAAGAGGAGGCAUUUUUCGUGUGUCAUGUGGAACGGUGCUGCACUUCUACUGCCUUUAGUUUAGCCCCACUUUUUUUUUUUUAGCUCUUAUUGAGACAAGUGUGCAUCGUUAUUAAGAGUAGUCUGCGGCGGGUCUGCAGACUGCCCCCCCCCCCUUUUUUUUCCCUUUGUUUUCCUGCGGUUGGAUUGAAAUCACAAGCAGCAACAUGAGUAACGAGUCCUCUCGGCAUCCAUCCUCCCUACACCCCUUUUCAUUGCCUUUCUCAACAUGUUGAGAGAUCAUCUAGAAAACCAUGCACCUAAAUAUCAGCCUUGCUGAGUCUCUUAUUCCUGCUCCACUUGGUGGUUUUGAGUUGUGGUUAUUAUUAUUAUUAUCUUUCUUCUUUUUUUUUUGGCUUCAUGCUAGUUUUGGCACAUUUUACAGUUACGACGCUUGCGUGCAGAAGGAGUGUGCAGUUCACCGAGUUGUUUGUCACUGUGUGCAGUGUGCAAGACGGGUACCUCUGGUAGGUCAUCAAUUGCCAGUUGAGCCUUGUUGUGGUUUGGCGCCUUGGAAAGGAAUAAGCGGGUCUGCUGGUGGGACAAGGGAAAUGUCAAAUGCCUGUCAGUCUCUGCGUCUCAUGUUGCCUGCACUGCUCUUUCAUUUCCGAAGUCGUAAACAGAACACGGAUAUUUUCAUUUGGCCCGCAUGCAGAUCAUUGUCCCUUUUUGUGGCCAGCCAAGUGUGUGUCGAGUUUGGAGAAGCCUUUUACCAAAACACAGGCAGUACCGACCUUUGAAAAGGUGCUCUUCCAUCAUGCAGCCUUGUCUAUUCACCACAGUAGAUUGGUGUGUUAGCAGCGGCAGGCGCAUAAGUGGUUGCACACCUGUUGAUGGAACUGGACUAAUUAAAGGAGGCGCAUUGAAUGUCUCUCCUGGACUGACUUGCACACUGCGUACACCUGGCACUCAGAUGCUUAGCCUGUGUUCUGCCCGUCGUCUGUGUCUCCAGUGCUGUGGAGGGGUUUUGGGGGGGGAGCUUCUUAGCAUCAACUGUUCUGGGCUGCUCACCAACAAACCUGCUGUCGCUCAUGGGCUUUUUCGAAAGCCGAGGGCUCUAGCUGGGUCUAGAUUGUGGUGUAUAGCUUUAAGCUGUAAUGUAAGCAUCGGAUAGUGCAGAGAGCCAAGCUCUUCGCAAGCACCUAUUUUUAUACCAUGCCUUUGUUCUUCAUCCUCGAGAAACACUGCUGUGAGCAGUGUGGUGGCAAGAUGUCCCCUUCGGCAAGCUUUGCCAACAGCAAGAGCUCGUCUCCCCCCCACCCCCUUGUUUUGUUUGCCAUCGCCCACCUCAGCAGCACUGAAAACGGGACCAAUGUUAGCCCAACAUUGGGACACCUCAUGACCCGACAUUGGCUUAUGCUGGCUUGCUGGCACGAAAUGCAUUGGAUUCUACAAUAUUGAAAUUGCAGUGGCAGCCUCACUUCUGGCGCUACUCGAGCACUGGUGCUGGUGUCACGUGUGCAAACUGGCGAUGUGCGCUCCUGACACUUUUUUUUUUCCUUCCCUAAAACGGGACAUUUCCACCUCCCUGCCUUCUCAUUUACCCUACCCAUUGAAUGCACUGUUUUUAGUUAAACACCUUUAUUUUCAUUCUUAUUUCUGUGUAGCGCAGGGAAAAAGCCGUUGCUGUUGCCGUGUGGUCUUUGCCAUGUCGCCGAGCUUUGUCGCUGUUUACUACAUUAUCUUAGCACAUCAUUCUCUCUCUAGUGUAUUAUCAAUGUUUAGCCUAGAUAAGGGACGUGCAAAUGUCUUGCCAUCGUCCUGGUUCGCUUGGUUUCCUUAUUACUCUGUAUCUACCGAGUUCUUUGUUUAUGAUUUCCUACAAAGUGCAGUUUCACAGUGUGUGUACGCGAAGAGCUUGGUUGCAGGUUUGCUAGCCUCUUGCUUUAUCUGCAACUGGUACAUAGUCUGUGGUUUACUGGGUCUUUCUUUCUUUUUCUUUUUUUUUUCCUGUCUUGUGCCUUUGAUAUGUUGCACCUUUUCAUUGCCACUAGGCUUGGAACUUUGGGUGCCUCCUACACUUAUCUCCUGUUCAGUAUUUUGAUACUUUUGUUUCCUCUGCUGUAAACGCUGUGGCUUAACUUUUUCCUUUGCCUGGGGACCAACCCAUAGGUCGCAUGGCUUUUCACUUUUGCCUGUGCUUUCUGUUCUUUUUUUUUUUUUCCUUCUGUGUAAUAAAGCUCCACUCCUCCAUGCUCGCCCUGUUUUUCUUGCACCCUGAAACCCUCUGUAUACCAUACAUAUUUCAGCCUAGUUGCAAGUGUUUGCGCAAGCUCUGCUGCCCAUUCUCCCUGUCAUUUUUCAGGUGCUACAGUGCUUCUGUGGCUCAGCUGUAUCGUCCGGUCCAACGUAUUGGGGUUAAUUGAACAUUAAGAGCCUUAUGAGGGGCAUAGGCUUUGAAAAACCUAAAUAGAAAGGCUUUGUGUGUAGCUUUGGGUCAGUGAAUCAAGUAAGUUAAGGUGCAGGGGACAAUUACUGGUCCUGUUGCGAUGAGUAACCAGUACCAUUACGUUGGCUGUUUUCGUUGCCUUGGAAGAAAGCCCGCCGCAUUUUGUCUGGCCUGUUCUUUCAAUUCAAAGCACGCAAGAGCAACGGCUUUGUCGCUCCAAAUGCCAGGAGUUUUCUAGCAUUCCAAGUUUUUCUGUUUUAGCCCCGCUGUGUGUUUAUUUUUCCUUAUUUUUUUCUCUACCACUUUUUCGGAGGUUUGGAUUUGGUUCCUCCUGAUAGGUUGAUACCCACCCAGCGCAUAUUCUUGUGAACAUCCCUUUCAUAUGUAGCUUGCUUUCUGAAAUGUUUACACAAUUUUUUUAUCCUCUCUUUCCUUAUCUGUAUUUUAUUUUUAGUGUCUUUGGUGGUUGUGUUAACAUAAUAAUCUGCCUCUCUUACUGUUUCACACUACGACAACACUCUCCCCCUCCCUCAAGCCAUUGUGGCCCAGGCAGAUCUGACUUGAACAAAAUAACAUCCCCUCCCACACAUCACUUUUUUUUUAUAUUGUAUCAUUUUGUUUUUGUUCAUUCAGCAUCAUGCUCUCUUGUUGGAGAGUACUGGGAGGAUUCAUGUGUUUAUUUUUAUAGAAGUGAAAAAGCGAGUAUUUUGGUGAAUAAACAUGUUGAUUUCUUCUUUUUACGA